AUGUCAAAAGUGAGGAAUGGACCAGGGACUGGCGGGAAACCGCGCAGAGAUGUGCUGGCUUCGCUCAGGAUGGCCUCUAUGGAGGAAGUCUCCAGGGCCGCCCUUCCAGCAGAAAUUAUGUCUUUGAUACUCGACUACCUCUCUCCGGUCGAUCUCAUUCGGGUAGCGCGAUCGUCGAAGCUUCUGCGCGAAAUGGCAUACGAUGAUACGAGAUGGGUGCAGAAAAUGAAACGCAUAGGUUGUUGGGAUGAAUUAAAAGCAAGGAAGCAUAUCGAAGAAGCGUUUGGGACGAUAGCGGACAUGAAUAGUGUUAAGCACCAUGAAGAGGCCGAACAAAACCAAGACCCUUCGAGAUCCGUUAGAGGAACUGAGCAGAGGCCUACGAUCAAUGUGAAUUCACUCUCCGACGGCUUCGACCAGAUCGACCUGACUACGACUGGGCCCUCUGGUAUACCCGACGGAACGGAAGAAGAUCCGAUCUUGGGGGCGUUGAAGUUGGUCAAGUCUGUACGUGGGGAGGCGCGCCAGGAAUAUGGGAAGGUACAUGCGGCCCUUGCGCCGUUUUACGAUAAUAUUGUCACCGAGGGGGCCUCGUUCGACAAUUUGGUGUUCAGGAAAUAUACGGAUCCUCUACAUCAAGCGCAGAUUCUAUCCCAGCUGCAGGCCUUCGCAAAAUGCGACUCCACUGAGGGUUGGCGUGCAAGAACGGAGCAAAUCCAGUCGGCCAUAGCGAUGUUUGAGACAGAGGCUAUAAAAGAGUUUCGGCAGGGCUACGAAACCGAAGAUAUUGACGGUCGUAUGCGAAACUAUGCCCACGUUCUCUAUAAGUUAAAUGGCGGAGUUUCGGCUGUCGAGCUUUUCAUCCACCACAAUCAUUUAGUCAUACACAAGUCAGAUUUUGGCAAGGUAUCAGAUUGUAUAGAUCUACAGUCGCCGCGGGUGAAGCUUGAGCAAACUCAGGCAUUUUUCACCCGUCUGAGUGUCGCCUACAACGAAGAGGUCUCGAUCAUCAACCGUGCUUUCCCUACGUCGAUAGAGGUGGCCUCUCCAUUCAUUGAAAAGGUGGGCCAAGGAGUGCUGUACCCGUUCCUGACUGCAAUAUUCGACGAGCUGCAUCGGACAGACAUUGAAUGCUACUUGGUGGCAAUCUCCGGUACCUUCGCUCAGUGCAUGAACUUCGUGGAUAACUUGUUACCGAUCCAGGAUUCAGCCGAUAACUCCGAUGACUUUCUGAACAAUGUCAUCAGCAAAGUAUAUGAGCCACACAUGGACCUGUAUCUUGCAGAAGAGCUGGAUCAUUUCCGAAAAAUCUCGGAGGCCGCAGUGACCGAUUGGGAUAGACAGCUUUCAGAGCAGGCGGCAUCUACUGAAUCUUUCUUAAUGUCCAACAUCAACCGACAGGCCGAUAAGCGAGAUUUCCUGACCUCUUUUAAGAAGGUGAUCAUGGCGCCAGUCAAUAUCCUCCCUAGCUUUUCAAGUACCAGAGCGGGCAACAUGAAGCCAGAUCGAGAAUCAGCUGCCAGCGACCCUCCUUCGACACUCAAGAAUCCAAAUCGAUACUCGACCAUUGCCUCGCCAACUACACCGCCUGUACCAGAGCCCCCAACCACUGAACUUGCAGCGAAGGCGGCCAUAAUGAAGACGAAACUGGAGGGAAUCAGCUCUCUCUUCAGCAUCGAAGUUGCUUUAAGCCUCGUCCAUACGGCGAAAGCGGGCUUGGAUCGAGCAGCGCAGUUUGUAAAUCUGGGUGGUGAGACGGGGUCCGCCGUGAAGCAGCAAUGCGAAGCUAUAUUUGUCGCUCUGGUGCGCAUAUUGGGACAUCGCCACCUUAUUGUUGGGUUCAAUAAAGCGGUCGAUCAUCUCUCGAAUUACCGGCCCCGCGAGCAAGGCGAGCGCGACCAGUCUGGCGUUGAACCCCUGGUAACGUUCUUGGAACUGGUGAAUGUUGGCGAUCUCAUCCUCCAAAUGAUUGAUGUGUUUUACGAACAGGAACUGAUCGGCUCGAAGCUGACGGAUCGGAAUGACUUCCUGGACCCAGCUGUGAAGGAGAAGAAGAAGUUCGAGCAGAUCCUCGAUGAGCGCGUUGCCGCUGGACUGAACAAGGGAAUCGAUGUCUUGAUGGAAGAGGUCGACUACAUUCUGGCCACCAGGCAACUAGCCACCGACUUUAACCCCAGCGUAUCCACCGAUCCUCACCGGAAGACCAUGGACGUGAGUGUCACCGAGGCCGCAACGGCGGUGGUUGACGUUGCUUCAUCGCAUACGCGAAUGCUUGUGGGGAGCACGGACAAAAGCACGCUGGACGUCUUCAACCAAGAGGUUGGACUGCGGCUGUUUACUGCUCUUUGCAAACACCUCAAGCGCCAGAGAAUCAGUGUGGAGGGAUCCUUGAAACUCAUUAGCGAUAUGAACUACUACUUCAAAUUCGUCCAGACACUCAAGAAUAACGAGCUUCUGCUCUACUUUAAAGCUUUCCGAGAGCUGUCCCAGAUCUAUCUGAUCGAUCCUUCUGAUGCCAAGGAAUUGGCCACUAUCAUUGCUGAUUCGGGGCGGUUUAACGGGAUCUGGCGCGUUGAGGAGGUGUACGAAUUCGCCGAGCGACGAGAAGACUGGUACCAAGUGAAACGGGAUGUUGAGCGAGCAAUUUCUACAAUUAACAUCCUACUUACUACCUUCUUGGUACCAUAUCAUAAAGACCAGCGGAUAUCAGAUCUAUUGGCCGAAAAGAGCAUAAAAACUACAGUCAUCAUCAUCACCGUCUCAUCAGCCGCCACGCCGACAGCCCCGCAUCCCCCGUCGUAUACCUCCCCGGAGGUAUUCAGAGACGACGUCCUCACUACCAGUAAUGGGUAUCGCAAAGCCCACAAUGCAACACAGUUACUCUGGAACGAGACGUUGAGUAAAUAUGCCCGGGAUUGGGCAGAGGGAUGUAAAUGGGAGCAUUCGCACAUGAGAAAGCCAGAACCAGAUACUAAUAUCAUUGAUAUGAUCAAGCACGGUCCAUACGGCGAAAACCUCGCCUUCGGAUACCCCGAAGCCUCAGCAGCCAUCGCAGGCUGGGGCGACGAAGGCCAACAUUACGAUUUCCGAAAACCUACCGGCUUCAGUGAAGAAACGGGCCAUUUCACACAGCUGGUAUGGCGUGCCACGAGACAGGUGGGCUGCGCGGCAGUGGACUGCGGAUACAGUGCGGAUGAAGACGACGGCAGGAAGAAUGCAUCGGGCCAGUACUAUCGCAGGGCGCAGGGAUGGUAUGUGGUUUGUGAGUACUUGCCUCCGGGGAAUGUGUUGGGAGGAAGUAAAGCCAUGGGUGGGGAGAAGGGUUUCUUCAAGGUGAAUGUGCAGCCGUCAAGUACGUAUUCUGGACCGUGGACGACAACGGACGAUGGUACCACCGAGACGACUACGACGGCAAGCGGUGCGGCUGGUCAGAAUAGGGUUUCUCAGAGGUUGAUUGGAUGGCUGGUGGUGCUAGCUGUGAUGUCCUUAUGGUAUUUAUGA